AUAAUGACCAGUCCCUCUGACAAGUAAGGGGUAAUUUCUAAAAAUAGUUAUUUCACGCAACAUAAACAAAACUGAAAACAUCGAGAAAUAAACUUUUGUCGCUGCACGUUUUGGUAUAAUAAAGAACUUACAGACUCUAAAAGCUGAAGAUCGCCAUGACUACGUGUAAAGAGGUGAAGGACUAUUUAGUGAGUCAAAACGUACACGUUGAAAAAUUAGACGAGGAGCAGGUGACACCGGGAUCGCAACAGAACAUAUGGAUGACCUUGAUGACCACGCCCGAGGAUCCUUACAAUGAGGUUUACCCCUCAUUAUUCCUUGGCGACUACACAAUAGCAAAGAAACCGGAGAAAUUGAAAGCCAUUGGGGUCACACAUGUCGUAAAUUGUGCAUGUGGAUCUACUUUUAAUAUGGUCAACACAGAUCAAGAAUUCUUUGAGGAAUCCGGAAUAUUGUUCCACGGUAUUCCCGCUGUCGAUGUAUGGAAAUUCAAGAUGGCGCCUUAUUUUUUGGCAGCUGCAAACUUUAUAAAACAAGCGUUAGAUUCUGGUGGGAAAGUGUAUGUUCAUUGUAUGUCUGGUGUUAGUAGAUCUUCAGCUAUAAUUCUUGCAUUUCUUAUAAUGAUGCGGGAUAUGCCGCUCAUGGAUGCCGUGAAAACCGUGCGGGAUAAAAGAAGGAUAUUGCCAAAUGAUGGAUUUUUAAAAGAACUUGUAGAACUUAAUAAUACUCUGUAUUCGACGUAAAUUAAUGACACGUGACCAAUGGUGGGUGACUCAGAUAACGCUUCUUCGUCUCAAUUUAGAAUUCGUCAUAUUAUUAGAAAUGUUAAAAUUAAGAAAGAUAUGCGACAAUCAGUCAAAAAAUGAUUUGAUCAAUUGAUCAUAUGGCUAGGUCUGCAAUUCAAAUCAAUUUUCAGUGUUCCUACAACGGAUUGACAAGUAGCACUAUUGUUUCAAUUUACUCAACCAUUUUCGUAUAUAUGCAGUUUUCAUUUAUGUUAUGUAAUUGAAUCCUUUUGCAUAUAUGUAUUAAUCUUGGAAUCCAUUUAUUAAAUACUAUGUUGUUGAUAUCAUGGAUGUCUUUAUCAGGUGCAAUCGUGUUAUAAUUGGGGAAGUUAUUUCACAUGAAGCUGCCAUUACUCAUCAUUAAUUUUAAGUUUCCAAAUUUUGUUAUAAUGAUCAGGGUCUUUCAAAUAGAAACCCCUGUUAUGAUAAAGUAACCUGCCUACAUAAAAUAUUUGCAAAUACAACGUAUUGGUAUCAUUAUAAUAUAAUUACUUAUAGCUUUAAGCAUAUGUUACAUAUCGAAUUAAAGUAUAUAUAUAUACA